AUGAGCCGAGAUUUUGUGCCUUCCACCUACACGGAACGUCUUCAACGCGAAUUGGAGAACACCAUACAAGGAUUCAAGUCCCUCGACGAGUACUUGAAGAGAAUGAAGGAAGCCUUGCGGCGAGCCGGUGUGGACGACCCCAUUUGGAUGAAGUUCUACUUCAUGAUGGGAUUGAACAACAACAUCGCCAAGACUAUCUUCAACAACAACUACGAGUCCCUCGACAACCUAUACAUUGGUGCUCUCAAGGCGGAGCAAGAACUCAAGAAGGCCAAGUCUACUCGACCCCGAGCUCACUUCACAAUGACCACGCUACAAGACGGCGAGAGUGAUGAUCGCCGCCGCCCCCAAAUCGACCCCCAAAUCCUUCGUGCCCUCCACCAGACACCGCCGCUGCCGCCCCCAACCAGACCGCCGCCGCCGUCGCCCCCCACCGUCCCAUCCGCCCUAACCAUCCCGCCGCCGCCGAACGCCCUCCACCCGGAGCACUUGCGCCGUCGCCCCAAACCACGCCAGAGCGGCGGCGCCAAGCACCGAAUUGACCGCAGCCGCCAACCACUCCAGAUCCAAGCCGGCGGCCGCCCUCCACCCAGAGACCACUGCCGCCGCCCCCCCUCCCCAACCACUCCAGAGCGGCGCCACCGAGCCGCCACUCCAGACCGCAAGCGGCGACCACCCUCCUCCGCCGAAUGUCUUCCCUCACCACCACCCAUCUCGCGAGCUUCCUCCCCGACCAGGUCUCCUCCCCACAAGCUUCACCGGAGAACCAAGCGGGGACCCCUCCUCUACGUCCUCUACCCCAGGCAGCGGAGCGUCGACCCUCCUCGCGAGCAGCUCUGCCUUUCCCUGACAGCGCUGCCUUCUCUACUUCCUUGCUCCAACCACGAGAAUUUGACAGCGUUACUAAAAUGCGGUGUCUACCUUGUGUUGGACAAACUUGAACUCCAGGUUUACCGGAGAUUAGUGAAGAAAAUCCAUAUCAUCCAGAGGGAGAAGGAACCAUCUAAGGCAAAUCAAAUCAAGCUAGAGGUCUCUGCAACCAUUUUAGUCGAGUAGCAGUUUUGCAAAAGGUUUCCCAAAGAUACACUACUUGAUGGAGAUUUGGAUGAUCUACAAGCUGCUGAAGGUUUGCAAGAUCUACUAUUAAGUUGGUGGAGUGAUAAUGUAAUGCGCCUUGUUUGUUGAACUUGGGAGACAUUGGCAAGUUCUGCUCAUUUUGGUGGUUGUUUUGGCACAUAGGCCACUAUAUGGCCAUUUUGGUUGCGUGACACAUUUAGAAACAUAUAUACUUCUCCCUUUGUGGAACUACUUCAUUUUGGUUGUGUGGCACAUGUAUCUAGAAACAUUUAUGUACUCUUUUUGUGGCACAAUCUGCUUAUAUACGUUCUUAUGUUUAUGGAAUGAAGUUUAAGGUUUCUGAUGAGACCUAUAUGUUA